CGGUCGCUAGUGUGUCACGUUCUUAGUUCACGUGCCGAGGCCAGACGUAGUAGAGUGUCUUGUGUGUGAAAUUUGAACUUAACUCAGACCAGUUUCAUCUGAGUGCUAGUGGAACUGAACUUUUGUUCAGACGUUUAUUAGAUCUAAAUAAAUUAUGAAAUUUUAGUGAUUGUGGUAUUUACCUGCCUCAAAGUUCCGCCUCAUUAAAUUGGGAGUGGAAGAAAAUGUCAACCGUGAAUUUGUUGCGGUAUUUAGAAGGCCACAGUAAUUCAUCUUGGUUGUUUAUAUACUCUUCGCUCAACACCUAACUGCCACUGCUGGAUCAUGGAAUGGUUGGUAGUCAAUCCCCUUCACGUCCAUGGAACGUUUGCCUCUGUGGGAGUUCAGGUUGGGGACUCAUACCAUGUAAACAAGGAUUGCCUUUCAAUCCUGGGUGAAGUUCUUGACAAACUUCGUUUAGAAGAUCGUAAUCUAUGGACAUUCAGAAGAACCCUGGGAUUUUCCCAGGUUAUAAAAAAGGAUCUGCUACCUCUUUUAAUAAAUGUUAAAAAUGACUUCAAAAUAAUUGAUGCUACUAUUAGGAUUCUUGUUAAUCUUACAAUACCAGUAGAAUGUCUUGUGCCAAUGGAGGUAAUGUUAAAUACUGAUGUUGGACGUCACACCACAGUAGAACUUAAUAAAUUAUUAAUAUCUGGAAAAGAAGCAUUCGUAGAUGCACGCAGCACUCGUGCUCUUGUUAAUCACAUGAAGAGAGUUUUGGAAAAGGGAGAAAAAUUAUCAGAGGAAGAAUGUGAAAGUAUCAAUAACUGCCUCCUGCUUUUAAGAAAUGUUCUCCACAUACCAGAAACAAAAAACAACCAGUCUACUUGUAGUUUACAGAAUCAGAUCUUGUGGAAUUUAUUCUCACAAAGCAUUGAUAAAAUUCUUAUACACCUAAUGACAUGUGCUCAAAAGGCCUACUGGGGUGUUACAAUGGUCCAACUAAUUGCCAUUAUGUACAAAGAUCAACAUGUGGGAACUCUUCAAAAACUUCUAAAUGUUUGGUUUGAAGCUUCUCUUAGUGAAAGUUCUGAAGACAAUGAAAGCAAUACUUCUCCUCCUGAUCAAGGAUCAGGUGGAGAGUCAUCACCAAUGUUGACCUCUGAUCCGACGUCUGAUUCUUCUGACAAUGGUUACAGUCAGCAAGAGACCAGACUGCAGAACCAUUCUAAUAGUAAAAUGGAAAUGGAUUGCAAAAACAGUGAUUCUGAUAGAACUUCAGGCAUUUAUCAUUCAAAGUUAUCUUCCCACUCAGAUUCCAGUAAAGGAAGCAGUAAAAGUUCAGGGGACUCUGGAAGAAAAGUUCAGCAAAACUUGAAUACAUCCAGGAAAAUUUGUGCAAAAAGUAAAAAAGACCGUUCUGGAGAAGGAGAGAUUCAAGCAGAUAUCAAACUUCCUACCUCACAUGGUCACAAUUUGUCACGUACAUGCAAGACAGACGCAUCUAGUAAUGUCAAAUGUCCCUCUUCUUCUGAACUUUCGGACUACGGUUAUGCUACUCAGGUUGAAAAUCAAGAGUCAAUAUCCACUUCAAGCAAUGAAGAUGAAUGUCCUCAUGCAAAAAGGCCAGUUCAUCAAAAACCUCACUCAUCUCAGAAAAUGCGAGCAAUAAAUAAAAUAAACACAAAUCAAAAAGACGUUGUUCAGGACAAAAAAGAAUUGCGACGCAAGAAACUUGUUAAAAGGAGUCGUACCAACAUAAUGAACAUGAAGGCGUUAUUGCAUCAUGUACCUUCAGAUGAAGAUAUAUCCAAUUUACUUAAAGAGUUUACUGUAGAUUUUUUGCUGAAAGGUUAUGGUUGUUUAGUUCAAGAACUUCAUUCUCAGCUCCUUAAUCCAAAGCAAAUCAUACAAGUAGAUACCUCUCAUUUUUUCUGGCUUGUUACAUACUUUUUAAAAUUUGCAACACAACUGGAAUUGGAGCUGGAGCACAUAAGUCCAGUUCUUUCAUUUGAAAUUAUUUCAUACUUAACAUAUGAGGGUGUGAAUCUUUGUGAACAGUUAGAAGUAGCUACUCGUCAUCCUGGAAGUGAUCUCAAACCUUUUUUACGACGAAUGCAUUUGGUUGUGACUGCUAUAAGGGAAUUUAUUCAAGCAGUUGAAACAUAUCGGAAAAUUUCACAUCUUAGUAAAGAAGAUAGAGAGUAUCUUGUGCAACUUCAAUUGCAAAUAGGGUCAACGGAUGAUUUAAAAUGUUUGUUUGUUCUACUGUUACAUCAAUUCAAUCCCAAUCUUCAAAGCAGACAGUAUCUUAAAGAUCUUAUUAUUACUAAUCAUAUGCUUCUGCUGCUGUUAGAAAAUGUUGGAAAAUUACCUGGAUACAGAGGAAAUAUUGAUAUUAUGGAACAUAUCAAACAAUUUGCAUCAGUUGAAGUAAUGCAUCAAUAUGGUCUAUUGUUAGAAGAUUUUCAAAACAAUGGAGAAUUCACAAAUGAUUGUGUGUUCACAAUGAUGCACCAUAUUGGAGGAGAUUUAGAACAAGUGGCCUCUUUAUUUCAACCCAACAUUCUAAAAACUUUCUCAAAAAUCUGGGAAACAGAUUAUGAAGUCUGUGAUGAUUGGUCCGAUCUCAUUGAGUAUGUUAUUCAUAAAUUCAUUGACAAGCCACUGCAAUAUGCUGCUGCCCAACCUCUUCAGUUCUCUCCAAUGCUGUGUGAUGCAUUAGAACCAGUGCCUUGUUUAUCAGAUUCGAAUUCGCUCAGGUGGUCAAAAGAAGAGUUAGAAAAUCUUCAUUGGUUUUAUGCCCAAAGUGCUAAAGUUCCUGAUCCAGUUGGAAGAGUCAGAGAUCUUUAUCUGGAAAAUGGAAUAACAAACAAAACCAGGAUUGGAGUAAGCAUGAAAUUAAGAAAAAGUUAUGUUAUGCUUAUGACAAAAGCUAACAUUCUUUCCUUGGACAGCUAUUCACUUCUAUUUCCUAAUUUUGUGUUAAUAUUUUUGCACUUGCAUUUUUCUUGUUUUGCCCCACUACUCAUAAUAAUGAUAAACUGAUGAGGAUACUUUGGUAGAAAUAUACGAAAUGAAAUUAUUUCUACAUAUGAAUGCUGUUUAAUUUUCACUCUCCAUUGCUUUUGUAGUUAAUACAAAUUUAGUUUCAUGAUUUUUUUAAAAUAUUUAAAAUUAAUGUAAGUUAAAACCAGAGAGAACAAUUAAUAUUGUAAAAUUGGCUUUGGAAUUUAUGUAUUUUAAUUUCCAUUUGCAAAAAAUUUUCCUAAUAAGUUGGUUAUUGUAUUCUCGAUAUGUUGUAUACAUGGAUAUGUUUUUCAGAUAAUUCAUCAGCUGUUUUCUCAAAAUAUUGUAAACAGAGAUCAGUAUGAAGAAAUGACAAAAAAGGAGAUGAUGAAUCCUAUUGAGAGUCAGAAUGAAGCAACCCUUAUUUUUGGUGAUACUAAAAUAUCUAAUGCGGUUCUAACAACUGUUAUAAAUAGAGAAAAUGGUUUACAUGAAGUUGACAUUUCUAACAGAAGUAUUGAUCAUGUUGCUGUGCUGCGAGAUCAAAUGCUAAGAGAAAAAAAAGGGAAAGUUCUGAUGUGGCUACAAAAAUUUUUAAUUGAGGCUUGUUAUGUGAAGCUGAACAUGGAUAAAUUGCUUUCACCACCAAAGAAAUUGAUCACAAUGGAACCUGUACCUCAUCAUUACACCUUGAUGAAUCAGUCUAUUCCUGUGGUUCCAUGGAAUUCUGAUCAAAAGAAAAGCCUGCUAUAUCAACCGUUCAUGUUACUUUUGCACAAAUUGGGUUUCCAUUUGCCUGCAGAUUCUGGAAAAGUUUAUGUUCGUAUUCCAAAUUUCUGGACACCAGAUGUUUUAUUCAACAUAGCACAGAAGCUGGGUCCCAUCAGUAGAGCAUCUCUUAAAUUUGAUGAAAAACUUGUAAAGAAGAAUUUCAUGGCAAAUAAUGACUCCUCUCCAGUAUUAUCUUGCCAUGUUAAUGGCAAUCAGUUUGCUGUUCAGCAGAUUACACACUCCUCACCUGUGAUAAGACCAAAUAGUACCUCCAACUGGUUGCAGAUAGUGAUGCAAUCAAAAGUUUCUGCUUCGUCAUUGCCACAGCGACCUAUUACUCCUCCAAGUCAAAGCGUUCCAGUUGAUUUUCCACCAAAGACAGAAGCAGACCAAAUGUGCAGUGAACGAGGAAGUGACUGUAGUGUAUGUGAGACAGCAGAAGGAUCUGUUGCAUCGGAUUUAACUAGAAUGUGUGUAAGUGAUGAAGAAGAAAGACAAGAGCUUCAAAUUUUAUCUGAUACAACAAUAACAUAGUUUAAAUUUUGGUAGUGUAUAUAUGUACAAUUUACAAACAGCUAUACAGCCUGCCAAAUGCAAAUUUGUGUGUGUGACAUUAAGAGGACAUAUCUGUGAAAUCACUUCGUUUUAUUUUUACAUCAGUGUUAUGAUGUAGUUGUAAGGUCGACAUUGUGUUUAAUAUUCAACUGUAAUAUAAUUUUACUUGGACAUUAUCAAAUCACUCAUUCAAUAGCAUCACAGAAAAAUUCAAAGUACAAAAUUGAAUACUGUGUCAGUAUUUGUUGUAUGUCUUUUAUAAAAGCCACCUGGCUCAAACACAUGGGUAACUGCAAUACUUUAGUGCAUAACGUUUUAUACCAUUUUGUGUUGGGAUUCAGUAAGAGGGAUUUAAUUAGUUUUACUCCAAUAUGGAGUCAUCCAUUUUCUUAUAUUUUAAAUAAUGAAUAUCAAUGAUUAUGUUGUUUUGUUCAACUUUAUUUAAUAGUGGAAGUCAAGAACAAAGUUUUGAACAUCUUAGUGUGUCUGUUAGCAUAGAAUGCAUUUUUGGAAGCACUUUUACAAAAUCAUGGAGUAUAUUUAUUGACACUGAAUUAUGCUGAAUAGUAUUCUUAUAAAAACACAAUAUUUAUGUUAUCUAAGGUGUUUUAUUAGGCAAAUACAUUUCUAAGUAAUUUUCUCUGCAAACACAAUUUCUGUUGUAAGAUAAACCUAAUAAAUUUUAAGAAGAAAAUUACUUCAUAUUUUAUAUUUCAAGUACCAAUCGGAUAUAUUGUUUUCAGUAUUCUGAUCUUUGAGUUUCUUCUCUCCCAUCCAUGCAGUGAUUUCAACGAGAUUUAAUCAUAAGAUUGAUGUGAUUUAGGUAUUUGUUUUAGACAUUUUCAAACAGUGAAUAAUACAUUUUUACUGGGUUGAAAACAAUGCAUUCGUUUAUAUGCUGUCUUUUAAGCAUCCAACAUUAUGUUUCAAUCAAUCAGUAUUUAUCAUGAAAUCAUGUUUUACAUGUGAGAGUGACUUAAUAUUUGGUUUCAGAUAAUGUUGUUUCAUGUCUUGCUGAUAAGUUUUAUGAAUACCUGCAGAAUGAUAAUUGAAAAUAUUUUUCAUGAAAAUCUUUCAUUUUUAAAUUAAUGGUUAGUAUGUGAAUUUCUUUUCAUAUCAUUACUUGUGUAGUUAAUUUGUGGAAGGUUUAAAUAACAUUUUAUAAAUUUCUGUUGGAGAAAGAUAAUUUGUGAAUACAAAUACAUUGGUUUUCCAAAACAUUUAGUGUAGUAAGGCCUGAAUGAAUAUAUAAAGAACAAUAAAUGAUUUAUAUGGUAAUAAAGUGGACAGUAUUUCAAGAUACAAUGUUUUUUCUUAUGGGUUUUGUGUCAUAGUAUUUCAUGGUUUGUAGAAAAUGUUAUUGUAAAUACAAAGAAAAUUGUUUUAGAUAAAGAAAUAUUCAUUUUGUAUCUCUAUAUUGUGAGAAUCAUUAAAAACAAUGUAUCAUUGUCUUAAUUUUUUGUACAGCACUUCUGCAGUUUAAAAUCACAAUACAAAUGCAGCUGUUGUUUUGAGCUUUAUGCUUGCUUCCGUGAAUCUUGAGCUCCGUGAAAAUUAGUGUUAAAUCACAGUUUUAUUAAACAGUGGAUUCCAGUUAUUUUAUUGUCAAAAUGUUGCAGAAGAUCGUCGUUCAUCUUUUGUAUUUUUGUAAGUUUCUGUGGAAAUUUAAAGCUAAUGUACAAAAGGAAAUCUCUCUGACAAUGUUUUAUAUUUAUAAGCAAUUUUAAGCAAAAUAUUUUUGAUAAAGGAACAUUAGCAUACUGAAUAUUCUGGAAACCACUGUUACAGUGUACUAUACUUAUCAGGAGUAUUUUUGAUGUGAUUGAAAUGUGAAUAUAGAGAUGACUACCAUGUCAUUGAAAUCGGUUAUUUCAUAUGUAUAAGUUUCAUGGAUGUGAUUCAAUACUUGAAGUAAAAUGAAUUGAAAGA